AUGCCUCUUUUACCAAUACUCGGGUCUCCGCUGACCCUCUUAGCGAUGGUGCCAUUAUUAGCGAUAGGAUUCAACUACCUAAAGUACGUCGAUAACGAUCCCGAGGGAAAAAUCAUCGACGCCACAAACCUCCAUGCCCAAUACGACUUUAUCGUAGUUGGCGCCGGAUCAGCUGGAGCUGUUGUCGCUUCACGCCUUUCGGAAAUCGCAAAUUGGACAGUUCUCUUGAUCGAAGCGGGCGGCGACGAAACAGAAAUUAGUGACAUUCCCGCGUUAGCGGGAUUUCUCCAACUAUCCGAACUGGAUUGGAAAUUUCAAACUCAACCACGAGCUGAUCGAGCAUUUUGUCAGGCGAUGAUUGGCGAACGUUGUAAUUGGCCUCGGGGCAAAGUUAUGGGAGGCUCGAGCGUUUUAAAUGCCAUGGUUUAUGUUCGAGGAAAUAGUCGCGAUUACGAUUCGUGGGCAGAGCAGGGCAACCCGGGAUGGGCUUAUGCUGAUAUUUUAAAGUAUUUUACAAAAUCCGAAGAUAAUCGAAAUCCGUAUUUGGCGGGAACAAAAUAUCAUGGAAAAGGAGGGUUACUUACGGUUCAAGAAGCGCCAUGGAGAUCCCCCUUAUCGAUUGCCUUCAUUCAAGCAGGAAAAGAGAUGGGUUAUGAGAAUCGUGACAUCAAUGGCGAGAUUCAAACGGGAUUUAUGUUGACCCAGGCCACAAUGCGUCGCGGUAUGCGAUGUAGUACGUCAAAAGCAUUUUUACGCCCCUUUCGACAUCGGCCCAAUUUGCAUAUCGCCAUGAAUGCGCAGGUUACGAAACUACUAAUUGACAAAAAUAAUCGCGUAUAUGGUGUGCAAUAUUUCAAAAAUAACGUCAAAGCGAACGUUUUUGCACGUCGUGAAGUUAUUCUCUCAGCUGGAUCGUUACACACCCCACAAAUCCUCAUGUUAAGCGGAAUUGGAAUUGCUGAUCAUUUAAAAGAAUUUAACAUACCUGUUGUCUCAGACUUGCCUGUGGGAAAUAAUAUGCAAGAUCACGUGGGUUUAGGAGGUCUCACAUUCGUCAUCGAUGAACCAGUUUCCGUUCGAACGGAUCGAUUUGCGACAGCAGCUGUCGCUUUGGAGUAUCUCAUGCAUGAAAAAGGCCCAAUGGCGUUUCCCGGUAUAGAAGGACUUGCCUUUGUUAAUUCAAAAUACGCGCCAAAAGAUGGAUUAUGGCCUGAUAUUCAAUUUCACUUCGGUCCAAGCUCUAUAAACUCAGAUGGAGGGCAAAACAUACGGAAAAUCACAAAUUUACGCCCUGGGUUCUACAAUACGGUUUAUAAACCGCUUGAAAAAUCAGAAACAUGGACAAUAUUGCCUUUAUUGUUAAGACCCAAAAGUUCUGGAUUCGUUCGUCUUCGCAGUAAAAAUCCAUUUAUUUACCCCUCAGUCGAUCCCAAUUACUUCACUUAUAAGGAAGACAUCGAAGUACUUACUGAAGGCAUCAAAAUCGCCAUUAAUGUCUCAGCGACAGCAGCAAUGCAGAAAUUUGGCUCAAGACCUCAUUCAAUCCCAUUCCCAGCUUGCGCGCAUCAUCCUUUUAUGUCAGACGAAUAUUGGGAAUGUUGCACGAGACAAUUUACGUUUACGAUUUAUCAUCCGACAGGCACUUGCAAAAUGGGUCCAAGCUAUGAUCCCGAAGCUGUGGUUGAUCCGAGACUGCGUGUUUAUGGCGUCUCGGGAUUGCGUGUUAUUGAUGCCAGUAUUAUGCCGACAAUUGUGAGCGGGAAUCCGAAUGCGCCGGUAAUUAUGAUCGGAGAAAAAGGCGCCGAUAUGAUCAAGGAGGAUUGGGGAAUGCUGUGA